ACAAAGGGUUUUCUCUCAAUUUAUUUUUUUGUAGUUUACCAUCGCAUUUGCCUCUUUAGCACGUUGCCUUCACAUGGAACAGCUCAACAAAACUCAAUCCCAGCGCCUGCCCUUUCUUAUUGGGGUGGCGGGCGGCACGGCCAGCGGCAAGUCGAGUGUGUGCACCAAGAUUAUGGAACAGCUGGGCCAGGCUGAAAUGGAUCAUACCCAACGCCAGGUGGUUGCCAUCAGCCAGGACAGUUUCUAUCGCGAAUUAACACCAACGGAGAAGGCUAAGGCACAGAGGGGAAUGUUCAACUUCGAUCAUCCCGACGCUUUUAAUGAGGACCUCAUGUACGAGACACUGCAGUGCAUACUGAAGGGCAAUAAGGUGGAAAUUCCUAGCUACAACUACUGCACCAAUUCGCUGGAUUUUGAAAACAUGCUGGUCAUUUAUCCGGCGGACGUUGUCCUAUUCGAAGGCAUAUUGGUCUUCUACUUCCCAAAAAUUCGCGAUCUGUUUCAUAUGAAGUUGUUUGUGGAUACCGAUUCGGAUACGCGUCUGGCACGUCGCGUGCCACGUGAUAUCAACGAGCGAGGUCGCGAUUUGGACGCUGUGCUCACUCAGUACAUGACUUUCGUAAAGCCCGCCUUUGAAGAGUUCUGCUCGCCGACAAAAAAGUUUGCGGACGUUAUUAUACCACGCGGUGCCGAUAAUACAGUGGCCAUCGAUCUGAUAGUCCAGCAUAUUCGCGAUUUCCUCAACAAUCGCUCGCUAUACGGCUCCACAGGCAACAUGUCGCUCUUUAUGAACCUUGAUUUGAGCAGCGGCAGCAGUGGUGCCAUGGCAGGAGAUUCGGCAUGCAUGAGGAUUUUGUGUUAAGCCCCCCUCCCAAUUACAAGCACUUUAUAUAUGAAUGUACUUCUAUAUGCAAUAAAUCUGAAGAUGCCGGCACGUAUACGGCCAUCAGACGUUUCUCCACACUCUGCAAGGAGCUCAACAUGCAGGGCAACGUCUUCUUCGAGACGAACAAGAACCUGCCGCAUCAUUAGUAAGGAAGGAGCGCUAGCACUGCUAGGAAAGAUGAAGCGCACCAAUAGAGGAGCAGCAACCGUAGCGUACAAGAAUAAAUAUAAAUAUGCAAAAUAUAAUUGUAUAUAUUCGAAAUAAAAAUCCAAAUCAAACUA